CAGCGGCCUGGACACCUGCUCAAAAACCACUUCCAGGGAAGACCUUUCUGACCUGGACCAGUGCAGCUCUGCAUCAACCGCUGGUGCAGCCGUUGCACUCGCAGGGACUGAGUCCGGCUCUACAGAUGCACAGUUUGAGGGCCAGCAGGCUGAACCAGCCCCGUCAGCCUCGGUGGAGUCCAUCCCUGAGGUUCUGGAGGACAAAGACUCCAUUACAGAGCAGUCAGACAGUGCCUCUGUGCAUGAUAUGGAUUACGUCAACCCCAGAGGCGUCCGCUUCACACAGUCCACGCAGAGAGAUGGAGCAUCCCUCAUCCCGUAUGGCCUGCCGUGUCUCAGAGAGCUGUUUCGUUUCCUGAUUUCACUGACCAACCCUCAUGACCGCCACAACACUGAUGCCAUGAUGCACAUGGGCCUGCAGCUGCUGACCGUAGCCCUGGAGUCGGCACACAUCCCUAACUACCAGUCCUUGUUAGUGCUGGUCAAAGACGAGCUCUGCCGACACCUGUUCCAGCUGCUGAGUGUGGACCGUAUGAACCUGUACGCUUCAUCCAUACGGGUUUGCUUCCUGCUCUUUGAGAGCAUGAGAGUGCACCUGAAGUUCCAGCUCGAGAUGUACCUGAAGAAGCUCAUAGACAUCAUCACGUCAGAGAACAUUAAGAUGCCCUACGAGAUGAAGGAGGUGGCUCUGGAGGCACUGGUCCAGCUGUGGAGGAUCCCCAGUUUUGUCACUGAGCUCUACAUUAACUAUGACUGUGACUUUUACUGCUCCAACCUCUUUGAAGACCUCACCAAGCUGCUGUCGAAGAACGCGUUCCCAGUGUCGGGGCAGCUGUACACCACCCACCUCCUGUCCCUGGAGGCGCUGCUCACAGUGAUCGACAGCAUCGAGGCUCACUGCCAGGCCAGGAGCAGCAUAGCUCAGCAAGACCAAGCGGCGACUGCGCUGGCAGACGGAGAGGGAGCAGCCAAAGCUGAAACAGACUCUGCAGCUGAUGUUAGUAGACUUGGCAGUGCCAAUGGUUUGAGUCCCGCGCAGCCUGAAAAAGCACCGGUGUAUCCUCCAACCAGUGGACACCUAAUGGCCGAGAAGAUGAGGCUGGGCCGACAGGAUCAGGGCGACGGCGACCUUUCUGAGAAGAGGAGUGUGAAAAAGCCUCAGCGUUUCCUGUCCUGUUUGCCUGACUCACACGAGUUAAUGGAAAUCAGAACAAAGAAAAAGCUGCUGAUCACAGGCACGGAGCAGUUCAACCAGAAGCCCAAGAAAGGCAUCCAGUUCCUCCAGGAGAAAGGCCUCCUCAGCAGCCCCAUAGACAACAACCAGGUGGCCCAGUGGCUCAGAGAGAACCCCCGACUGGACAAGAAGAUGAUCGGCGAGUACGUCAGCGAUCGGAAGAACCCGGAGCUGCUGGACAGCUUUGUGAACACGUUUACCUUCCAGGGGCUUCGUAUUGACGAGGCCCUGCGGCUCUACCUGGAGGCCUUCAGAUUACCUGGAGAGGCUCCUGUCAUUCAGAGACUCCUGGAAACGUUCACAGACAACUGGCAUAAAGUCAACGGCUUUCCUUUCAUGAGCAACGACGCCGGCUUCGCCCUGGCCUACGCCGUCAUCAUGUUGAACACCGACCAGCAUAACCACAAUGUCCGCAAGCAGAACAUCCCCAUGACCGUAGAGCAAUUCAAGAAAAAUCUGAAGGGAGUCAACGGAAACAAAGACUUUGACCAGGACAUGUUGGAGGAUAUCUACAAUGCUAUCAAAAACGAGGAGAUCGUGAUGCCGGACGAGCAGACGGGUUUAGUGAAGGAGAAUUAUGUGUGGAGCGUCUUACUGCACCGCGGCGCCUCGUCCGAAGGCGUCUUUCUCCACCUGCCGCCCGGCAGCUACGACAACGACUUGUUCACCAUGACGUGGGGUCCCACCAUCGCUGCGCUCUCCUACGUCUUUGACAAGAGCCUCGAUGACGUCAUCAUCCAGAAGGCCAUCACGGGCUUCAGGAAAUGUGCGAUGAUUGCAGCUCACUACGGCUUCAAUGACGUGUUUGACAAUCUGAUCAUCUCCCUCUGCAAGUUCACCACUCUGAGCAGCGAGUCUGUGGAGAAUCUUCCCACCGUGUUCGGCAGCAACAGUAAGGCCCAGACAGCCGCCAAGACGGUGUUCGACCUCGCUCAUCGGCAUGGCAACAUCCUGAGGGAGGGCUGGAAGAACAUCGUGGACUCCCUGCUGCAGCUGUUCAGAGCUGAACUGCUGCCCAAAGCCAUGGUGGAGGUGGAAGACUUCGUAGAGCCCAACGGGAAGAUUUCUCUUCAGAGAGAGGAAACGCCUUCAAAUCGUGGCGAGUCAGCAGUGCUGAGUGUUUUCAACUGGCUGAGUGGAGCCGAGCAGUCAGGACUCAGAGCGCCGUCCACAGAAAACCAGGAAGCCAAACAGGCUGCGAUCCACUGCAUCAAGCAAUGUGACCCAGAGAAGCUGAUCACUGAGAGCAAGUUCCUGAAGCUGGAGUCUCUACAGGAGCUCAUGAAGGCUCUGAUAUCAGUCACCCCGGAUGAAGAGACCUACGAUGAAGAGGACGCUGCCUUCUGCCUGGAGAUGCUGCUGCGCAUUGUUCUUGAGAACCGAGACCGUGUGUCCUGUGUGUGGCAGACGGUGCGCGACCACCUCUGCCAGCUCUGCGUUCACGCUACUGAGAGCUGCUUCCUGGUGGAGCGAGCUGUGGUGGGACUCCUUCGACUCGCUAUCCGCCUGCUACGACGAGAAGACAUCAGCUCGCAGGUUCUUCUCUCCCUCCGCCUCCUGCUGAUGAUGAAGCCUCAUGUCCUCUCCCGGGUCAGCAGGGAGGUGGCUUAUGGCCUUCACGAGCUGCUGAAGACGAACGCAGCCAACAUCCACUGUACAGACGACUGGUACACGCUCUUCUCCCUGCUGGAGUGCAUCGGAGCUGGAGUGAAGCCUCCUGUCGCCUUCCAGCUGACCUCGGCCACAGCUGACAAUGACACAGGUGCCCAGUCAGACAGUGAGCUGUCGUCUCAUCAUCCCAGUGAAGUGAGUUUGGACCGAGGCUACACGUCGGACUCAGAGGUCUACACCGAGCACAGCAAGACCAGGAUCCCGCGCUCGGCCACGGACGUGGAUGUGGCCAGCAGUGGAUGGCUCGUGGUUGGCAAAGAUGACUUUGAGAUAAGUAAGACCCCCACAGUCGGGUCGAAGGCUCAGCUGAAUCACCCACUGGUCAACCAGUACAGUCUGACACUGGGUCAGGACCUCGGCCAGCACGACACGAAGUCUCUGAUCAAGUGUGUGGAGACGCUUUCUUUCAUCGUUCGAGAUGCCGCCCACGUCACGCCUGACAACUUCGAGCUGUGUGUCAGAGCGAUACGAGUGUUUGUGGAGGCCAGCCUCAACGGAGGUUACCGCAACCACGACAAGAAGAAGAGCCACAAAUAUGACACCUCCAAGUCUCGGAUGAGGAAGAAGGCAGGCGGCAGGGAGAAGGACAGCGGAGGCAGCGUGAGGCGGAGCAGCAGCAGGACCUUCAGCCAGCGCCCAUCGCGUUCCUACAGUGAUGAUGAGGAGGAUGAGGGUGUCCCAGCCAGUUACCACACGGUGUCAUUACAGCUCUUAGAUCUGAUGCACACCUUGCACACCCGGGCUGCCAGCAUCUACAACUCCUGGGCAGAGGAGCAGUGCCAUCUGGAGGCCUCCAGCAGGAAGAUCGAGGCUGAUUCUCAGACUUUGUGGACCAGCUGCUGGUGCCCCCUGCUGCAAGGGAUUGCUUGGUUGUGCUGUGAUGCCAGGCGACCGGUUCGCAUGCAGGCCCUCACCUACCUCCAGAGGGCGCUGCUUGUUCAUGAUCUGCAGACACUUGAUGCAAUUGAAUGGGAGUCCUGUUUCAACAAGGUGCUUUUCCCCCUGCUGACUAAGCUGCUUGACAACAUUAGCCCAGCAGAUGUUGGUGGGAUGGAGGAGACCAGAAUGAGAGCCUGCACGCUGUUGUCAAAGGUUUUCCUACAGCACCUCUCUCCUCUGCUGUCCCUGCCCACCUUUGCUGCCCUCUGGCUCACCAUUUUGGACUUCAUGGAUAAGUACAUGCAUGCUGGAUCAAGUGACUUGUUGUUGGAAGCCAUCCCCGAGUCUUUGAAGAACAUGCUGCUGGUUAUGGACACAGCAGGCAUCUUCCACAGUGCUGACUCUAGGACAGGAUACUCUGACCUGUGGGAAAUAACUUGGGAAAGAAUCGUCUGUUUCCUGCCUUUAUUGAGGGAGGAGCUCUUCAAACAGACUAUCAUACCAGAUGCAGUACCUAAUCCUCAAGCAGAGUCGGUGCAGCUGACAACCCCAGCAGGCCGGCCCCCAUCGCCUCAGGUGUCUCCACCUCCCAUGCAAACACCCGCCCAAGCCCCAGCAAACUCCACAGUGGCUCAAAGCUCCAGCAGGCCGGCCUCACCACUGGAGCCUCCACCCGCCAGUGCCAACGGAUCAGGCCGAUCAUCUCCGGUCCCCCCCUCCAUUCCUCCCAUGCCAGUGCCAUUAACAACCUCUGCUGUCCAGGGUCCUUCACCUUUAGGCCAGUCCCCCCUCAUUCUGCAGCCCCUUGCUUCUCCUCUGCAGGUGGGAGUCCCACCCAUGUCCCUGCCAAUCAUUCUUAAUCCCGCCCUCAUAGAGGCCACAUCCCCUGUACCGCUGCUUCCUGCUCCCAGAUCGACAACUCCCUCCGACGAGGUGCAGUAAAGUCCAGCCGCCCCCCAGCCAUGCUGCUCUCUCCUCAACAACUGGAGGAGCUGCAGCUUAAGAUGGGGCAUGGAGUAGGACCACAUUUAAAGGAGAAAUCCUCCAGAAUGCAAACCUGGUGAUAAAAACUCAGCACUGAUGUUAUUGUAGGAAAACCCAACAGGUGAAGGUUUGGUUUAGAAACCACGCGCAGUCUUUGAGAGGUUAGUGCGACCCACUGAGAGCGAUUUUCAGCAGCGUUCACCGUGCAUUUAUUUUAAGUCAGGAGUAAUUUUAAACCCACAGAUCGAACUUAUUGAUAUAUAUUUGUGUUUUUGACUGUUGUAAGUCUGUAAAUGGAUGAACAACACAGCGUGUUAGUUGUUCUCUUUGAACUCGGUGGUGAUGGGUUCAGAAAGCUGACGUUGAUUACUAUUUAUUGUUUUUAAAAUAAAUAGUAGAGAUGUGUUAAGGUUUCUAAGAGGUUUGUAGUGCCAAUGAUGGUCUGCUCGAGUUGUGACACACACAGUGUCAGGGGUCAGCCUGUGCCUCGCUGCUUUGUUUUACAUAAGAAUGGAGCCGUACAGACCACGCUGCACAUCCUGUAUAUUUGACACACACGCUGCUCAUUCAGUGCCAGACGGUGUCGUUUGGCUCUGGAUAUCAGCAAACACAGCCCCGUCGUGUAAAUAGCUUCUGAGUGAAGUGUUUUCAUUGCCCCACCUCGUCGUCAGGAUUCAUGUUGGGAGGAAUGAAAACAUUUCAUCUAGACUGAGUUAUGUUUUACACCAGAAACACCUGCAGGAGUCCUCUCUUUGCCCCGAGCUGAACUCAUAGCUUUGCUCAUGUCUGUGCUUCACAACAAAGAUAAGAAGGACAGCGAGUUGUGAGGAUUAUAUGAUCUGCAUGUUUUAGAUUCCCAGAGCCUUGGCUACAGUCUGAUGUUGCAGAAGGCAUGACAACAUCAGCAAGUUCGAUUCAUCGUUUUGCCCCAAGCUUGCACCUCCUAACCUUCAACGAGCAGCCAGAUGAGGCGUAAACAUUCCAGUGUCGGUCUGUAGCGAGCGCGCUCUGCACUGCUCUGGUACAUGAUGCAUGAGGAAGAGUCUGAGAGGAGCUCGCCACGCUGUCACGCCACCUUCUCCUGACUUGCAUCUUUGAUUUGACAGACGGAACAUCUGAAGUUUGCAGCCUCGUAGCAGAGAGGAAUCACACAUGUAGGCCGCUGGUUUUCUUGUUCUCCUUUAUUUAUCCAGGUAAAAGGCUCACUGAGAUUACAGUCUCUUCUCUAGAGAGAGGUUGCCAACAGAAGUUAAAACAUUUCCACAACACGUCCUCAGUUUGAGUCAGCUGCUCCUCUUUGCUUCCAUACAUGUGCUGACUCACUGGUUAAAUGACCAUCUGAUGUCAAACUGACUGGAAACCAUUCGCAGCAGUCCUUCUCUCACUGGUGUUUUGUGUUAUUUAUUGAAAUGGACCGAGCUGCAGUACGAUGGCAUAGAUGCAGUGUACGUGUGUCAGGUAACACUACGGCCUUAUAGAGCCCCCAACAUGUAAGCUGUUUAUUUGUUGGAUGGCAUCGUAGAUUUAUCAGAAGCUGAUUGUGACUUGAACAGGAAAUUCCGUGAAUAUAAUGUCUAAUGUAUAUAAAUGAAAGGUAAUGUACUUUUUACUAUGUAAUAAAUAUGUUGUAAGAAAGUG